AUGAUGGUGAAAGACGAUAUUGUUAGUGCCACACAAGUGGCACAAACCCCAUUGAGUUUUUCCAUUGAUGCCAUUUUGGCUUUUGAUAGUAAUAAUAGAAAAAGUGCUACAAUUCCGGCUGAACCUUUGAGUAGUGAUUCUGAUGAUUGUGAAGUAGAUGUUAUUGGCAAUAAUGAAGAAGUUCUUAAAUCAAGUGAGGCAAAAACCAAUAAUGAAAAACCUACAUUUAGCUAUAAUGCUUUAAUAAUGAUGGCUAUACGUAAUAGUCCAGAAAAACGACUUACCCUCAACGGAAUCUACGAGUACAUAAUGACCAACUUUCCUUACUAUAGGGAAAACAAGCAAGGAUGGCAAAAUUCCAUUAGGCACAAUUUGAGCUUGAAUAAAUGUUUUGUCAAAGUACCAAGAAGCUAUGAUGAUCCAGGCAAAGGUAACUACUGGGUUUUGGAUCCUUCUUCAGACGAUGUUUUCAUUGGAGGUACAACUGGAAAACUUAGAAGACGUUCUACUGCAGCUUCAAAGGCUAGACUUGCUGCUUUUAGACGUAGUUUGUCAAUUUACAACCCUUUGCAACAGCCUUUUUAUCCUUCAUAUUACAAUUACAUGAGGCAUAAUAUUGUCAGGCCAGUACCACAUCAAUAUCAGAUGGAGCCUCAAAGGAUGUUUUUGCCAAUGGAUUAUGGUAGUUUUUUUUCUGUGCCUCAUCCUUCUUUGUCGCCAAGUGGAAGUAGUACGGUGUCUUCUGAUCCUAGGACAAGUCCCAUUUUGAUGCCUAGAAUGUAA